GUUGCACAUGCUCUAUUAUGGACCCCUUGAACAUGUGCCACGCAGACAAAGACACGCCCGUCCCAAGUCUAUCACGACAAGCCUCAAUCAGAACGUGACACUCCCUCAUCGGUACAUUGUAGGCCACUAGGCCCAAGCUGCAAUCGUUCUCCGAAAAACGACACUGACAUAGCCUUGUCUUGCAGUAUAUAUCAGCCGUUGCAGCACAUAUUUUGCGCAUUUUAACACUUCGGCCACGGCGCCUCAUGCGAUAACCAGUACUCGAGUACAUCCCAUCGAAGCACCUACCUUUCCAGCCUGAACAUGGAGUCCACGACUACGCUCAUCAACCCCACCCCGCCCACUGCUCUCUACUUCAGCACAGGGAGCAUGAAAGACAGCUCCAUCUUUGCACACCCCUCCCGCCCUCUCUAUACCGUCACGAGCAACAAGUCAGGAAACAGGAUCGAGGUGAAGGACGCACCCUCUGGGCGCAUCAUAGCGGUACACGAGCGGCGCGAAAUCCUACCAGACCACAUAACGUUCCCUGGCUCGGAGACACAUGGUAGCGAGUCGAUGGAUGUAAGUAAGUGGCUGAAGAAGAGUAAACUACCAGAUGGGUUUCCCGUGCAUAUCAUGGAGACACCAGAUGGAUCAUACGUAUGGAAAUCGGAUCCAACCUACCGUCUUGCGCUCUUCCCAGAAUCUAAUCUGCAAACUCCCGUCGCCUACCUUCAGCCAAGCACUCCAACUCAGAACUUUGCGCUCGUGAUCGAGUCACAAACAGAGGCAUUUAGAGAUGAUGCCGUUGUCGCGUUUUUGAUCCUGGAACAAAGACUGAGGAUAGAGGAUAAGCAUAUCAUAGUCGGGGGUGGCAAAUUCGAGAUGAAUAAGACGGUGUUUGGGCAUUAUGUUGGGAGGAGCUGAUCUAUCCGUACGUUGGAGUUUACGUUUUCUUUUCAUGUUCUUUUAUGUAUUAGUCCCUCGGAAAACUAGUUUGAGGCUUGUGUUUAUCAUAUACACAGGCUGUCAUCGAGUCG